CUAGUACCUGGCUUACCUCACCGAAGGCAUGGUCCUUGUAACGAAGAACUUGUUAACGAAUAUCAGGAAAUAGACGUAUUAAAAUUGCAAGUAGAACAAGUGUUUUUGGCUUGCAUGGGCGAUGCAAUCAAUGAGGAAUUGAAAAAACCAGCACUUCAUGAAUUGGUACACACUGAAUUUAUUGGUAAAACUAGAACUGGAAAAUGUGAUUCAACAUUUCCAGAACUGCCUGAGUUUCAUGAAACUCAUUCCUGCUUUCAGAGGGUUAGAUUACUGCAAAUUCAUUGUAGGAAGAUUGGUGAAUGUUGCGAUCAAAGUUUGCGAGGUGACCUCGUAAAGUGCAGUCAGAAAAGAAUCUAA